AUGGUGGAAGAAACUACUUUUGCAGUGCCGAAGCCACCGAAAUUUUUCGGCUCUUUAGCCAAUGCAGAAACUGUCAAAAAUAUUACGGCAGAACCUGCGCGUAGCAGUGGGCCUAGUGUGCCGUUGGAGAGGAUGGAGGUAGAUCCAAUCGAUUCGAAAACGGAUUCCGAGAUGCUGGCUGAGUUUGAGAGAAGAAAACGUGCACGUACCUUAACCCUUCCUACAGAUGAUGUUCAAGUGAAAUUAAAAUUGCGAGCCUUAAAUCAACCGAUUUGCUUAUUCGGAGAAGAUAUUUUGGAUAGAAGAGAGCGCCUUCGGGCAUUGCUUUCAACAAUGACAGAAGAUCAGAUCGCCGCAGUUUUGCACACUGACGAGGUGAAUGCUGAAAAAAAUGAUGAAGAAUCGGUAACAUGGUAUCAUCGAGGACCUCCAGAACUACGGGCAGCAAGAGUGUUAAUUGCUGAUUUUUCACUUAAAAGAGCGAAACUAAGGCUAGAAAAAGCGAGGAUAGAGGCCCAAAGGCCAUCACACGAAAAAGCUUUGGCUCGUCAAGAAGUUCACAAGUGGGUGCAGCAAAUUAACCUGCAUGCUUCCCAAGUUGCCGAUUCUCGCCCGGUAGCUUUCGCCGAAUUUUCUCCAGAUUCAAAUCAUAUUGUAACCGCUGGCUGGUCCGGAAGUGUUGCAGUAUGGAAUCGAGAAACUUGCGCGCAGGAAGUCAAAUACACGGGACACAUUCAACAGGCUGGAUGUGCGCGAUUUCAUCCUGGUGCUUAUUCUUCGGUCUCAGAAUCUAGCCUCAAUAUUGUUUCUGGCGGACAUGAUGGAACUGUUCUCCUAUGGUCGUUAGACAAAGAGCACCCAAUUGGUGAAAUUGAAAAACACGGCCACCGCGUUUCAAAACUCGCAUUUCACCCUAACGGCUUGCAUUUGGCGACGACUUGUUUUGAUUCCACUUGGAGAAUAUACGAUUUACAAACAAAGAAGGAACUUUUGUUUCAAGAAGGUCACGCGAAGGCUGUCGCUGAUGUCGCUUUUCAAGGCGACGGCUCCGUCGCGUUGACAGGAGGCCAUGAUUGCUAUGGACGAGUGUGGGACUUGCGAACAGGGCGGUGUAUUAUGUUCCUUGAUGGUCACACUAGAGAAAUUCAUUGUGUUGAAUGGAUGCCCAAUGGGUAUGAAAUGCUCACUGGCAGCUCGGAUAACAGCGUGAAAGUAUGGGAUCUGCGAAAUCGAAAAUGCGUCUAUACAAUGCCAGCCCAUUCUAGCGUUGUGACGCGUAUUCGAGCAUCGAAUGAAGGUCAAUAUAUGGUAUCUGCAAGCUUUGACUGUACUAUUAAGAUUUGGUCAACCACUGGAUGGCAACCAUUGCGACAACUUCAAGGUCAUGAUACUAGGAUUCUCUCGGUUGACAUCAGUCCUGACGGUCAAUGGAUGUGCUCGUCAGCAUUCGACAGAACAUUCAAGUUGUGGACUCAAUCAGAUUAUUAA